UCACGCUUCCACUACAAUAUGACAACAAGGAAGAGUAGGAAGUUGAAUACAUGGCAAAAAAGAAACCAGAAGAAAACCCGAAGCAUAUAACUUCACACAUAUCUUCAGCUGUGAGAGAGAAGCCGGAAAAGGGAAACGAAAUGAAACAACCCAAACAAGCUAAUAUCUUUUUCCUCGCUGUCAUUGUUGUUGUUAUUGCCGUUUGCGUAGGACCACUAAUGGCUGAAAUCUCUGCACUUGACUUCGGUCACUCUAAACACGUUGCUGUGAAGAUGGAUGAGGCUCUUUUGACAGUCAGCAAUGAGCUGGAGACGGAGGUCCUGGUGUCCUGGAGGUCAGAGCGCUGCUACCAGUGUUUGUACCAGCAUCUGGGGGUGGUGCCAGCAGGAAGCAGCCCUGGCCAGCCCAGUUCAGCUCACUUUACUGUGAACACAGAACAUGAAAUAACCCUGCAGCUCAACAGCACUCCUGAGGCCCAGGAGCUCUGCAAAGUUCAAUUCCACUUCGGGGAGCAUGGGAACUACUCUCUGUGGAUGAAAAAUCUCAACAACGUCUCAAUCACUAACUGCUCCCUACUGAGCAAUUCGGACCCUGUAAACAGUAAUAUGCCGAUCUUGGUUGCUUUUUUUGUCUUUGUCGGACUGGCCUUGAUAUUUGCCGUCGGAUGUAGAGUAUUAAGACUUGGUGUUGUAAGAGGUUUCGUCCUCAGAAUCAGUGGGACCAUGGAGACGGAGAGGCUUAUUAAUUCUGAACUGGGCUCUCCUCGGACAGAUGCGCUAGUUACUGACAACAUCCUCCCUUCCCCGGCCAACACCAACAGAAGGCUUCGUUCGCUCGACACGUUUCGAGGGAUCUCCUUGGUUAUUAUGGUGUUUGUGAACUAUGGAGGAGGACGAUACUGGUUCUUCAGACAUUCAAGCUGGAAUGGUCUUACAGUUGCUGAUCUUGUUUUUCCUUGGUUUGUGUUCAUCAUGGGCACAUCCAUCGCACUCUCUAUCAACUCAUUACUGCGUGGGGGAGCGAGUCGUUCCUCUCUGCUCAAGAAAGUAUUAUGGAGGAGCGCUCAGCUGUUUCUCAUUGGAGUCUUCAUCAUUAACCCAAACUACUGUCUUGGACCAUUAUCAUUGGACAAUUUGAGGAUCCCGGGUGUGCUGCAGCGCCUCGCCUGGUCAUACUUGGUUGUUGCUAGUUUGGACUUACUGGUGGGAAGAGGACAUCUGGACAUCCUCACAACAGAUGCUUGGUGGUCUCCUGGUCUUGAUAUAAUACUUUACUGGCCAGCCUGGCUUUGCGUGCUUCUUUUGGAAAUCCUCUGGCUGUGCCUCACUUUCUUUCUUCCUGUACCAGGCUGCCCAACAGGAUACCUGGGUCCAGGUGGGAUCGGGGAUAUGGGCCUCCAUGCGAACUGCACAGGUGGAGCAGCUGGUUACAUCGACCGCAGGCUACUGGGAGAACAGCAUAUUUAUCAAAGUCCCUCAUCAAGGGUGAUUUAUGCAACUAAGAUGCCUUUUGAUCCAGAAGGUGUUUUGGGAAGCAUCAACUCUGUCCUUAUGGCUUUUCUUGGAUUACAGGCUGGAAAGAUACUUUUACACUAUAGAGAUGUUCCUACGAGUGUUAUUUCAAGAUUUCUAAUCUGGGCUCUCUUACUGGGAGCCAUAUCAGCAGUUCUCACUGAGUGCUCCACAGACAAAGGUUUCAUUCCUGUUAACAAGAACUUGUGGUCACUGUCCUAUGUGACAACAUUGGCUUGUUUUGCCUUUGUGUUGCUUGUGCUUGUCUACUACACAAUUGAUGUUAAGAAAUGGUGGUCUGGGGCACCUUUCUACUACACUGGUAUGAACUCCAUUCUGGUGUAUGUGGGGCAUGAAGUGUUUGAGGACUACUUUCCUUUCCGCUGGCGAAUGGCCAACAGCCAGUCACAUGCUGAGCACCUCAUCCAGAAUGUUCUCGCCACAUCUUUGUGGGUUGUUAUCUCUUACAUCCUCUACAGAAAGAGGAUUUUCUGGAAAAUCUAAAGGACAGCUUACUAAAUCAGGAGCAGUGCACAAGCAAUGCAAAUAUUUUUUUUUACAUCUGAAUUGCUGGUGAUAAUAUUUAAAACCAUAUGGAAUGUGAGAACAGGUAUUAAGUUACUUUAUAAGUGCCAUAAUAAUUACUUUUUUCUAAACUGGUUUGAUUUCACCUUACAAAGCGGACAUCACCAUUGCUUUUCUUAUCUUGCAUCUUUUGUUAAUGAUCAUUAGACUGCAGAGCCAAAGAUGUUAAGCGCAAAUUACUUUUUUUUCACAUUUUUGGUUAAUAUUACCAAGUAUUUAGUACAUAUUUGCUCUCUUUAAAUCUGGUUUUCGGUCUCUGAAAACCGAAAACCAGAUUAACAGUUUAGCUGAAUUGAUCUAAACUGUUAAUAGGUUUAGAUCAGUGAUUUGGAGUUCUGUAAUAUACGUUUUUCGAGCUCAAAAUUGUAAGAUGUUACCUCAUUUGUUUUUUAGGGAAAAAACAUCUGGGAAGUGAAUUUAGGAUGCCAGCAGACUUUAAUUGAUUUCACUACUUGUCAUCAAAUAUUUGCAAAGUCCAGUCAUUGACUUGUGCUAACAUGUUUUAAAACAACAAUGCUGUUUAUUUCAACAAACAUCAGAUACACUCAGAAAUGUUUUAGAGCACAUUUCCAAGGAAUUAAAUGUAAAACAUGCUGAUUAUCCAAAUGUUUUCAGAUUUUGGUAUAAUUGUUCAUCUUGUACAUUUUGAAUUGAUUAUGUAAAACUUUUAUACAUGGUA